AUGGCUCAGCGAGGUGUACUGCAGGGCAUGCGACUCCACAGGGUCGUCGUCAUUGCUGCAAUCGUCCUCAUCGCCAUCUUCGCCUUCUACCACCACCACUCAUUCUCGGCAUCGGAGCUCGACCUCGCCAACAUUCACCAACGUCCCAGUGACCAUGCAUCAGACGAGAUCAGCACGACCACCAGCGUCCACGCCUGGUCCGAUCAAAGCGAUGAUCUUGAGCGCAGACGUCUAGACCUCGACUCCAACUUCACUUCCGUUCCACCCAUCUUCAACAAGACGCCCUUGGAUGUUGAAAACGAGAAGAAGAAAGGCGAGACGCUCCUCUGCUAUCUGGACGACCCCCUUCUAGCCGGUCCUCUUGCUGUUUCGCGAUGGACCGACUACGCUUCCAUGGAGGAAUGGGGCUGGCAGGGACAUGAGACUAGCCAACGCUGGGCAUACAUGUCCUUCGCGUCCGACAUUGUACCAGGUCUGGGUGUGCCAGAACUGCUCCUUCCAGCGGCGAAUGUCGAAUGGUACCAUUGGCACGAGCGUGUCAUCGAUGGCACGACCUAUCCCAUCACCAACGGGCAGUACAUCAAUGUCUACUGGCCAGACUAUGGCAUUCUGAUGGCCAACGACAACGCUGGUCCUGCGUAUCAGGUCGAGAAAGCUCGCGGCAGCCAGAUCCCGUGGGAAGACGAGAAGUUAUGGUCCGACGUCAAUUAUCUCACCUGGAAGCAUCUCACUAACGAGGUCCAACGCCGCGGUCUGAAAUGGAUCUUCCAACGCGGCAUCAUCAACAAAGACACGCAAGCAGCAAUCGAGAAGAUCACCGCAUACCACAACGUAGGCGACAAAGCACCCGAAUGGCCAGGCCUUGAUCUGACGCCCGGCUCGUUUGGUUUCGAGAUGAUUCUGGCGAGUCCGAAUCUGCGAGGCGUGAUGUGGUUGUUGAUUCAGCAUCAGGCGGACUUGGGCAAGAAGAAGAUUCUGAGGGUGAGGAUGUGGAGGGCCGGGAGGGGCAUGUAUGCGCCCAAUCUGGUCGUGGAGCUUGGAGAUGCUAGUGGAGAUGAUGUUGAAGAUGCGAUUGGAGUGUGGGGAGGGACUUAG